AUGCGACAUCAACGUCGUUUAUCUCACCCUAAGAAGGGCGAAAGAGAACAGUUUAAACACCAUUUACUUCCAUAUCCUGGAAAGCCAUCUAAAGCAACUUAUGGUAAGAAAUGUGAGAAUUAUCCAGAAUUCUUAUUUUGCAUUCCUAUAAAGCCUGCUUCAAAUAUAUUAGGAUGCGAGCUUGAUAUAUUUGUUAAGCUUGUAUCUAUAAUAUCAAUAUGUAUUUGGCUAAGCUUACUAGUAUUGGAGGGAUUUUAUUUUUAUAUAGAAAUAGUUGGAGCUCAAACAGUUUUUUUUGUUACGAUUGCAAUAAUAUUUGGACUAUUGUUGGUAUCUUUUGGUAUAUUUUGUGGGAUACUUGGUUAUAUUGGAUGUACAAUUUCAAAUUUUCGUUGUAUAUAUUUUUUUUUCCUACAUUUAAAUUACCAACUUAUAGUCAACGUUUAUGCUGUGAUUGCUUCCGUUAUCCGUGGAUAUAUUAUAUACUUUUGUGCUUAUUUACUUUCAAUAUUACUUAUUUGCUUUUUUCUUUACCCUUCCUGGUCAUUAUAUGUACACAUAAAGAUUAACGGAAUCCCCCCAAAUGUUUACAAACAUUAUGGUUUGUUAAACGAUGCACUUUCUAAGUUUGAACAAAAGAAUGAGAGAAAAUCAAACUUAGAGGAGUCAGAAUCUUUUGUUGAAAAUGUAUGUUCUAGUGUUUCUAAUGGGCCUGGUAUAACCACUUCUAUACAUGUUAAUACUCAUAUAUUUCAGAAGAAAGAACAGAACCGUAUAACAAUGAUAAAACAACAAAGUAGUAUCAAAACAAGUGGUACUAGUAUUCAUAAUAAUAAUUUUGAGGAUUGCACAGAUAGAUUAAUGCAUACUGCAGUAAAAUUUUCCGAUGAAAAUGAUAAUAGUUUAUGCACUCGUGUUGAAAAGUCAACAGUCCAGACACAAAAUACUCAAACAUUGGAUUCUUCCCAUCCAUCCUCAAAUAAUAAUAGCCUUACUCAACCUUAUAUUCCCCCCAACAUUUCAUGUAAAAUUCGAAAUGAAGCCAAAAUUCUUCUUAAUUGGUCCACACCUGCCCUAUCUAUCAACAGGAAUGUCGUAGCUUCCUCGAACGCAGAGCACUCAAAUAGAAGUUCGGAUACAACUUUUCAAAGUAACAAGUUAAAGACAUCAAGGCAUAAUGAACAACCCAAGUUCACUCGCACGGACAUAUAG